AUGUCUUCCAAUCCCCGCAGGACGCCGGUGACUCGCUCCGGCUCGAGGGGCCUGAGCAUUAAGACCAAUGUGUCCCUCAAGAAGGGUGCGACUUUUCACUCCCCAACCUCGCCGCUGGAAUCCCCCGAGCCUGUCUUUACGCCGCCCUCCUUGCCUCGCCGGUCGCACACCAGCUUGGACGAUGUCAUCGAUGCUCACCGUCGCCGGGUUGCCUUGACUCUCGGAGACAUUGACAAGACUCUUACCGGCCUUGUCAAGGACGACUCCACCGCCACGCCCGUCCGCAAGACUCUGCGAGACGACACGCUCCCUCUUCCUCAAGGUGUGCUCAACCACACCCUGGACUCGGUCAUGGGCAAGGGGCAGCCGGCCGAGCGCCGGGUGCUCCGGCCUCGCAUCCGCCGCCCUUCUCGCUUUCACGAGUCCGAUAGCGGCUUGGGCACUUCGGUCGCUUCCACCAAGGAGAAAGAGGAUGCCGGGAAGAAGGAGAAGCAGAGCAGGACAACCGCCGUUACAAGGUCGGCUGCUGCUCGGUCGGCCAGUGCUGCAACCCCCGCUGGCCUCAGCCCUUGCGCUACGAGCCGCAUUUGCGAGCAUACCCUGAAGCCGCUGCUUGCGAAUGCCAGCUUCAAGGACUUCCACCCGCUCCUCCUGGAGUGCCCGCGAAAGAUGCAGGAGAAGCAGAUUGUUUGCCUCAGGGACCUCGAAAAGACACUGCUUCUCGUCGCUCCUGAGAGGACCAAGGUUGCCGAGCUCUACCUCGACUUCUGCCUCACGACCAUCCGCUGCAUCCAGGCCACCGUCGAGUAUCUCAGCGACCGGGAGCAGACUCGCCCUCGCGACGUUCCGUACAGCAGCGGGUACUUCAUCGACCUCGUCGACCAAAUCCGGAACUACGCUCAGCAGCUCGCCGACGCCAAGGAGAAAGGCAAUCAGGACGAGAUGGACGUCGAUCCGUACGUGCAGACUCAUCCGCUCGCCUCCACUGAUCAUACUGACGUGUCACCUAGCACUGAUGAGAUCAAGCUUCAUGGGGGCAUUCACAUUAAUGGACGCCCUGCCGAGCUUGUCCGCGUCAAGAAGAACGGCAAGAUGAUCUCGAUGGCCACCGGCGAGCCGAUUGAGAAGCUCGAGGAGGAGGCCGACGGCACGGUGCGCUUCAAGCGCUCUGCCAGCGAGGAGCUCCGGGACGAAGAGGAGAUCAUGCGCUCGAUGGCCAGGCGCAAGAAGAACGCCACCCCCGAGGAGCUCGCUCCAAAGAGGUGCCGCGAGCAUGGUUGCAACAAGGAGUUCAAGCGCCCCUGUGACCUGACCAAGCACGAGAAGACGCACUCGCGCCCUUGGAAGUGCCCUGUUACUACGUGCAAGUACCACGAGUAUGGGUGGCCGACCGAGAAGGAGAUGGAUCGCCAUCACAAUGACAAGCACGCGGCUAGCCCUCCCAUGUUUGAGUGCUUGUACAAGCCGUGCCCAUACAAGUCGAAGCGGGAGUCCAACUGCAAGCAGCACAUGGAGAAGGCCCACGGCUGGACCUAUAUCCGCACCAAGACCAACGGCAAGAAGACCUCGAGCGCGAGUGUCAACGGUAACUCGGCGCAUCCGACUCCUCAGCUGCAGAACAUUCCGACCCCCUCCAGCGAGCACAGCAUGGGAGUGGCCACUCCCCCCGAUACCUGGGGCCAGGUCUACGGGAACAGCAGCCUCGACUUCCCCGCGUACAUUCCCAAUGACGCCGACUUGAGCAUGAUUCCUCAGGAGAUCUCUCUUGAUUUCUCUCCCGUCGACAACCCGACCCCAUCCACGGAUUCUGGUAUGGACCACAACUCAGCCUACCAGGACAUCGGCACGGACUUCACCUUGUAUGACGACAUCUACAGUGCCCGCGUGCAACUGCCCACUCCUCCUCCUAUCCAAACCAACCUUUAUCCCAAGCAACUGCCCCAGCAGUUCAACCCCUUUACCACAGCGGACUUCUGCCAGCCG